CCGCUGUCACAGCACUGUAGCUUUUUCCUGGAGACCGCAAGGCGACCGACUCACUUCUGUUCGCACACCGAACCGACUCUCCUUGUUGUUGUUGUUUGACGCAACACGUCUAUUUUCCCGCCAUGAAAGCCAUCAGUCCCGUCCGCUCGGUGAGGAGCUGCUACAAGGCCGUGUGCUGCCUCUCGGAGCAGAGCCUCGUCAUCAGCCGGAAUAAACACUCGUGUCUGGAGGAGCAGGUGAGCGCGCUGUGCGACAUGAACGACUGCUACUCGAAGCUGAAGGAGCUGGUGCCGAGCAUCCCGCAGGACGAGGCGGUGAGCCAGGUGGAGAUCCUGCAGCACGUCAUCGACUACAUCUUCGACCUGCAGAUCGCGCUGGAGGCGGAGGACGCAGCCGCGCCGAAGAUGGUUUUGUCAAUAAAGACUGCGGAUCUUACGCGCAAUUUCUCCAAAGAAGAAGGACGAUUGUGCCACUAAAGAUGACAUUGACAUAUCACGGUGCAGGGAAAACACAUGUCUCCACUUCACUCCGGGCAAGAGGACAAGAGGGGCAAGAAAGGGUGGGAUAGGUAUUUGGAAGAAGUAGAAGGAGGAGGAGGAGGGAGGUGGAGGGUUUUUAAAAAAAAACUGUUUCCAAGAUGAGUGGGGGAUCAACAGUAGUGCAUGAGCAGGAAAACAGAGACUCGUUCUUUUUUCGGCCCCUGGACAAGACAAAUCAACACACCAAAGCAGAAGCCAGGAUUUGGAAAGCGAAAGCGACCGGCUUUAUGUGCCCUCCCUUCGACAAAGAAACAACCCUGGGAUCCCCUGUAGCUAGAAGAAGUAGAAAUAUUGGUACAUUUGUUCUUUUUAUUUUUUUAUUUUUAUUUUUUUAUUUUAUUUUUUUUUCUGUGCGUGUUUCAUUCGUAACCUAAACACCCAACCCUGAACCCUUUUCUAGUCUCACAUCAUCUCAUCAUCACAUAAUUAUCCCCCCCCCCCAUCACCACCACCAUCACCUACCCUAAUCUGAUUUCUAACAAUCUGGAGACUGUUACAACUUCAAACCGAAUGUGUACAUAUCUGCUUGUGGGUAUGUAAGGCUGAAUGGGAGUUUUGGGGGUUUUCUUAGGUAUAAUCAGAACUCUAUACUAGAGUUAAUUAUAAAUGUUUGUAGGGAUUGUGUCAUUUCUACAGACAAUGUGCUGUGAGUUUCAUAAACUCUUUAUUAUAAAGUGUGCUUUGUAUGUAUGUUCUUAUGUAAUGAAAUAAAAAAAAAAACAAGAUGUGAAACAG